AACUCGUCUGCUUUUGGAAUCAAUAACCACAUACAUUCAUCGUCUCAGUUCAAGUCUAUGGCAACAACAAUGGACCAAAGAAGAAUCAUUGGUUUUGAUAAAGGUUGGGAGCGUAUUGAAAUCGGUAUUGCGAAAUUGAUCAGAGAAGUGGAAGGAUCACCAAACACUGAGUUCAGUUCAGAGGAAUACAUGAUGUUGUAUACAACCAUUUAUAACAUGUGCGGGUAUGGGCAGCAUGGCUUCUCACAAAAUCUUUAUGACGAAUGCGAGGAGACUAUUCCGCAUGGCUUCUCACAAAAUCUUUGUGACGAAUGUAAGGAGACUAUUCGGUAUGGCUUCUCACAAAAUCUUUGGGAGAAAUGCCAAAAUCUUUAUGCCAAAUGGAAGGAGACUAUUCAGCAUGGGGUCUCACGAAAUCUUUGUGACAAAUGUGAGGAGACUAUUCGGCAUGGCUUCUCACAAAAUUGUUAUGACAAAUGCAAGGAGACUAUUCGGCAUGACUUCUCACCAAAUCUUUAUGACAAAUGCAAGGAGACUAUUGAUGAAUUCAAUAGAUCUAAUGUUUUGCCUUUUUUAAGUGGAAAGCUUGAUGAGUUGUUGCUGAGAGAGCUUGUUCAGAGAAUGUUAAUCCAUAAGACCUUUGUUACUCGGCUUUCACAUCUCUUUGCUGUUCUUAAACGCUACAUUGUAGCACGCUCCCUGCCUCCACUAAAUAAACUUGGUCUUUCUUCUUUCCGCGAUGUGGUUUUUAUGGAGGUACAUGCUAAUGCUACAAAAGCUGUGAUUGAUCUGAUUCGCAAAGAUCGUGCUGGUGAACAGAUUGACAAAUUGUUGUUGAAGAAUGUUAUUGAUAUAUUCGUUGAGAUCGGCAUGGGUGACAUAGAACUGCUUGACGAAACUGCCAAUGACUACAAACGUAAGGCUGAGCCUGAGCCUGAGCCCGAGCCCCUGGCUAAAACAUGCGAGACAAUGUUUGAUAUCAAAGCAUUCAAGAAGUCAAUUGAGGGUCUCAUCACCCUGAACUACAUACGUCAAGAAGGACAAGUGGUGCAAAUUGAGAAAGAUGCUAAGAUUACUGAAGUUGUCUGAAUUUGUUUCCUAGGAAAGUACCGUUGAGAAUUCCCGCGGUUACAUAAUGCUAGUUGUAAAUGGCUGUAGUCGGCUACUUAAAUCAGUGAUUGGAGUAUCUUAGUACUAGUAUUGAUUAUUUUUUGCUUGCAUGAUGAGUUAGUUAUUGAUUAUUAUGGUUUUAUUUGGAAUAAGAGUGAUCACAACCACAAAUGUAAAAGGUUUAGGCACACAUACAAAAUUUUGAGAAGUAGAUGUUGUCCUGUAGUUGGUUAUGGAUGUCAUGUGACACUCAACCUUUUAUCACUCGGAAUUGACACUAACUAAACAUAGUUCAAUGAUUGUCCUUCAAAUUUGUUGAUUGUCAUAACAUAAGACAAUAGGAAUUUGCCUUAUACUUAGCUUGAAGGUCCAUAGAGAUUGUGUCGGAGUCAUUAAUAUAGGAAAAGGGGUCUUAAUUUUUCAAUAAUGUAAAGACAAUACAAGA